AAGAAAAGGAGGACUCUGAUAUCAACACUGACGCAUCACUUGUCUCUUAAAGGAUGCGUCUCCUCCUAUUCUCAGAGUGGAGCUGUUAUACCCAGAAGCAUCGCAUGCCAAACAUUAGUUAAUCACCUCAGAUGGCAAAUGUAGACAAACUCUUCGAGUACAUAGGAGACUUUGGCCCUUUCCAGAAGAAGAUUGUUACGCUGGGUUCAUUACCGUUGAUACUCUUUGCUUUUGUACUUGUCGGGGUUGUUUUCUUAGGGUACACACCAGAUCACUGGUGUUGGAUUCCUCAAUCUGAGCACCUCCAGGAGGAAUGUGGCUGGACAGACCUUGAGGUGCGGGAAGUCACUGUUCCCCGCUCUGAGCAGUCAGGGACCUUUAGCCGGUGUGAGAGGUUUAGUGUGGACUGGAACAAAAGUCCAAACAAAUGUAAUGAUCCAAACUGGCCUCUGAAUUCAAAUGAAACCCAGUUGGAGCAUUGCAGCAGAUGGACGUUUGAUAAAAGCCACAGCACUAUUGUUUCUGAGUUCUCAUUGGUCUGCGAGAGAUCUUGGCUUGCUGAUCUAAAUCAAGUUUUCCUUGCAUUUGGUUUUUUCAUUGGAGCUUUUGUCAAUGGAUACUUGGCUGACAGGUUUGGUAGGAAACCAUGUUUAAUUGCAUCAAUGCUUGGCCUUGGUAUCUCGGGUGUAGGGGUCGUGUUGUCACCAUGGUACCCGCUGCUGCUCACCUUUCGAUUUCUGCAAGGAUUUUUUGGAAAGGGAUCCUGGACAGCCAGUUAUGUGCUUGUCAUUGAGUUCUUCGGGUCCAACAACAGGAAAUUUGUGUCCAUGAUGAACCGUACUUUCUACUCUGCUGGCAUGGUCAUCAUACCUGGUCUGGCUUACUUCCUGUCGUCCUGGAAGAUGCUGCAGCUGGUCAUGAGUGUGCCCUGCAUUCUGUUUAUCUCAUACUAUUGGAUUGUUCCUGAGUCUCCACGCUGGCUGUUUUCACAAAAAAGAACCACAGAGGCCAUGAGAGUUGCUUCAAAUAUUGCAAAAUACAACGGGAGAUCAUUACCACCUAAUCUUCCAGAGAUAAUACGUCUGGAGGAAAAGAAAGCAGUAAAUCCUGUGUCAGUGAGGGAUUUGUUCAGGACACCAAGUAUUAGAAAAAACACACUAAUUUUAACUUAUGCCUGGUUUACUAGUACUAUUGUGUUUCAAGGCCUGGUCCUGCGUCUGGGGAUCACAGGGGACAACCUCUUCUUGGAUUUCUUCAUCUCUGCUGUGGUUGAGCUUCCGACUGGCCUCAUCUUCUACCUACUGGUUGAUAGAGUUGGUCGCCGCUCCCUCAUGGCCAUCACCAACCUCAUUGGUGGAGUCGCUUGCCUGGCUGUCCCCUUCGUCUCCCGAGAUUUUGCCUUCUUAAGAAAAGGUAUUGCAAUCGCUGGGAGGCUUGCUGUUGCCAUUGGAUAUGAGACAUUGAACUUUGCAAACACAGAGAUGUAUCCAACGCCUCUUAGAAAUCUGGGAGUGUCAGUGUGUUCAUCAGCGAGUGACUUUGGAGCAAUUGUAGCCCCAUUUUUGCUCUACAGACUGGCCAGUGUCUGGCAGGAGCUGCCUCUUUUUCUUUACGGUGUGAUGUCGGUGCUCUACAGUGGAUUGGUGACAAUGUUGCCUGAGAUGAGAGGAGUCGCCCUGCCAGAAACCAUUGAGGAUGUGGAGAAUCUAAGAGGGGGGAAAGGCAAGUCAAAGGUCACAGAGAAAAACGGCAUGAUUAUUUGACUGAGGCCUUGAACAGCUGGAUCAUUACUGGAUUACCCCUACACGUGUUGUAUUCAAAAUAUAAUGCGAGUGUUAUAUAUAUAUAUAUAUGUGAUAUACUGAGGCCUUAAAGGUGUUAACUAGAGAAUUGCACUGUUAGAGGAUGCAACACGUGAGGUGUCAAGAAAUCGAAUGACGAAAGAACUCCUACUUUGCAGCCUCCCUCUCAAAAUGUUAAUUUCCAGUGCUGAAAUUAGUUUUAUUUAUAUCUAGAUUGAAGACCUUGUGUUAUCUUGAUCUAAUGGUGUAAUAUUUAAAACAAAUCAGAAACUUAUGUACUGUAAAAACAGGUUUUGUUGUUUUUGGUCUCUUUUGUUUGUUCCUACCAAUGUGUCUGUUACUCGAUAAGAUAUUUACAAGAAGUUUUUACUGAUUUAAAUUCAAUUAGAAUAAAAACAGUCUUUAUCUUUUUCUUUUUUGUGGAUCCACAUCAAAUAGUGCAACAAUGUAGCUUCUUGAGAACCCCUACAAAAUUGCCAUUGAGAAGCUCUAGGAUGAGUCUUCUGAUAUUCAGCGAUAUAUUAUAUGGUUCUCAUCAUUGGCUGGCACCACAAUCCUGAAUUAGCUUUUUAAUUAAUCUG